UUGUAGAGGGUGUACUGUUUCCGGAAUCAUGGCGGCCACGUGAUCUUUAAGAACGUAGCUACAAUGACUAAAAUUGUACAGAUUACGCAGCGAUGUGAUCAAUUUAAAGAUAUUUUUGGUGGUAAAAGUGAUAUAUUGUCGUUAUGAAAUUGAUUAUUUUUCAUAUUACAACAAUUUGGAAUAAAACAGCGAAUAUUGCUCUUCGAAACAACGUAAUUCUACUAAUCACGCGUAGAUAUCAAUCAAAUAGGGACUUGGAACUGCUUAAUACAUUACUUAAGAUGCCAAAAUCGAAAAAUGUGGUGGCGCAGCCACGUGUGCCGAAAGUUAAACCUAAAACAACGAUAUCUACCAUUCCUUCUACCAUAAGUUUGCACGUGCUUGGCAAUGGAAGCGAAGGAAGCUCGAGAUGUUUAUAUGUGUCCACAAGUAAUGGAAGGUACAUAUUUAACUGUGGGGAAGGAACUCAGAGAUUAGCAAAUGAACAUAAAUUGAAAUUAUCUAAACUGGAAGCUAUUUUUAUUACGUAUAAAAGCUGGAAGAAUUUUGGCGGUCUUCCAGGCCUGUCAUUAACUGUACAGGAGAUUGGCAUUCCUAAGAUAUUCUUGCACGGUCCUCCUAAUUUGAGCAAACUGUAUGAUACAAUGAAAUGUGUCAUUGAUAUGAAAGACUUGACAGUAGAGUACAAGAGUUAUGAGAACAAAGUGUUUGUUGAUAAUUCUAUGGAAGUGAAAUAUGUACCACUCUCUUCCGAGGUAACGAAAGAUGGCACUGAACCUUUGAAAGCCGAAGCAGAGUCGAACAAUUCACAGAAUGGAGCAAGAAAAAAACACAAAUCCGACCUCGACAAAGACAAUAAAGAUAUUUCUAUCGCAUACAUAUGCAAGUUCCACGAUAAACCCGGCCAGCUCUUACUUAAGAAAUGUGUCGAUUAUGGGGUACCUCCUGGCCCAUUAUUGGGACAACUUAAAAAUGGUGAAGAUGUGACAUUACCCAAUGGUCAGAUUGUCCGUUCUCGAGACGUCGUGGCUCCCAUAGAACCAGGUCCCGUUCUUCUUGUGUUGGAAUGUCCGUCCACUGAUUAUCUGGAUUCUUUGCUAAACGAGAAAGCAUUCGAAGUGCAUCAGUCAUGUGGAACGGAAGAUAACCAUGCCUCGGUCGUCAUCCAUUUUACCGAAUUGGACGUCCUGUGCGAUCAAAGAUACCAGGAAUGGAUGAACAGGUUUCCUGCAAGCACCAUGCAUCUUGCACUAAAUUCAUCGAAUGCUUCAUUAUCGAGCAUAGCCAUCCACAGGAUACAACACAUGUUACACUUGAUUCAUCCACGAAUUUUUCCUCUAUUAAAAACUACAAAUGAGAUGAUUUCUGGCAACUAUGGCAGCUCUUUAGUCGUUCCUUCGGAAAGCAUGGUAUCUUAUUCUCUUCGUCCGAAAGAAGGUUUGAGCAGAGAAACUUCUGUUAAUUUGGAUGUCGAUUCGUUCAAUCGAGAAGCCUUUGAAAAACCGGACUUCGAGGGUAACUUGAAAGAACUUCAGCAUAUUUUAUUGGAAGAAAAACCAAAUGAAACAAACAAUGCCAUAUAUCCUGAAAUUGCAUUUCUCGGUACUGGUUCUUGCAUACCAAGUAAAGUUCGUAACGUUUCGGGAAUACUCGUUCAUAUCAAUGAAGAAAUCUGCAUGUUACUUGACUGCGGUGAGGGAACCUACAUUCAACUCUUUAGGUUGUAUGGAUCCGAAGGAAUAAGAGACAUUAUAAGAAAAAUAAAAUGCAUAUUUAUAUCUCAUCUUCACGCUGAUCAUCAUCUGGGUCUCGUGCAAAUUCUGAAAACUAGAUCGAAAGUUAAUGGAGAUGUUCCGUUGUUUCUCGUAGCGCCAUUUUAUGUUAUUCAAUGGUUGAAUAAUUACCACUGUGAAUUUGAGCCACUGUUAAACAAUGUCGUAAUAAUUCCAAACAUUAAUUUAGCAUAUAAUAAUGAAAAAAAUGUGCCCAAUUAUAAAGAAUUAUUAGAAACAACAAAGUUAAAGGAGGUAUCCACCAUUCCUGUUAAACACUGCAAGGAUGCUCACGCUAUCUUAUUUACCACGUCUUGUGAUUACAAAGUGGUGUAUUCUGGCGAUACAAUGCCUUGCGAUUCAUUAAUCGUAGCAGGUCAGAACUGUUCUUUGUUGAUUCAUGAAGCUACAAUGGAAGACGAUUUAGAAGAAGAAGCAAAACUUAAAACUCACAGCACAACCUCUCAAGCAAUCGACGUUAGUAAAAGGAUGAAUGCGCAAUUUACAAUCCUGACACAUUUUAGUCAACGAUAUGCCAAAGUUCCAAUCUUUCCAAAGAAUGAUUCUGGUACGAUUGGUUUUGCUUUCGAUAACAUGGUGGUGAGACCUUGCGAUCUGAGACUCCUGCCGUUGUUCCUUCCCUGCUUAAAAUCUCUCUUUGCAGAACACUACGAAGAAAUGCAAGAAAAGACUGCAAAACGUCUCAGACAGAAGCAAAUCUUGACCGAAAUGAUGCAGCAGAAUGCUUUGUAACAUAUAAGUUAUCUGUAGGAUUUUGUAAAAUAAAAUAUUAUUUUAAAUAACGGAAA